AUGUUGCCUAUCUCUUCCUACAUUUCCAGACUUUCCUGCUUCGGAACUAAGCCCAAGCCCAAGCCCAAGCCCAUCAAAAGCAGAAUCUCAAAGCUCUCGACACAGACUUGCUUCACAAUCACCAAAGACACGAACAUGGCUACCGUCGUCCUCAUCCUCGGAUCUGGCCCCCGUGUUGGCGCCUCUGUUGCCCAAACCUUCAAAGAAAGUGGCUACAGCGUCGCUCUCGCAUCCCGCAAAGGCAGCAACAGCGUGACUGACGAUGGCUACUUCUCCAUCAAAGCGGAUCUCGCAUCGCCAGCCAGCAUUCUUGGUGUCUUCUCCACCAUCAAGUCCAAGUUUGGCGCUGCUCCCAGCGUCGUCAUUUACAAUGCUGCAGCACUCACUCCUCCUUCGGACCCAUCCUCUGUCUUAUCUGUCUCGACCGAGGCCGUCACCAAGGACCUGAACAUCAACGUUGUUAGCCCGUACGUUGCGGCGCAGCAGGCGAUCGCUGCCUGGGAGACGCUUCCCCAAGACGCCAAGAAGACCUUCAUCUACACCGGCAACGUCCUGAACGAGCUCAUCGUCCCCAUCCCCAUGUUUCUUACUUUGGGUAUUGGCAAGGCUGCGAGUGCAUACUGGGUUGGUCUUGCUGACACACUGUACAAGGCUAGAGGCUAUCGAUUCUUUCACGCUGACGAACGUCACCCUGACGGUAAGAACAAGGGUAUGGCGCUCGAUGGCCCCGCCCAUGGAGAGUACUAUCACGAGUUGGCGCAGCAUCCCGACGGCGUGCCAUGGCAGGCUACCUUCGUUAAGGGUCAGGGAUACAGAUCCUUCAAAUGA